CGCAUACGCGCAAACGUUUUAGGGUUUCCCGUCUAUAUAUACGCCAGCCUCUCUGGCCAUUUCUCCUCAUUUAGGGUUUGUUUACAGAGUCUCCGGUUCAGAAGAACGCGGCGUCAUGGGACGAAGACCUGCAAGGUGCUAUCGCCAAAUUAAGAAUAAGCCCUACCCCAAAUCGCGGUACUGUCGCGGUGUUCCUGAUCCCAAGAUCAGGAUCUAUGAUGUGGGUAUGAAGAAGAAGGGUGUGGACGAAUUCCCUUUCUGUGUUCAUUUGGUUUCAUGGGAGAAGGAAAACGUGUCCAGUGAAGCCCUCGAGGCCGCACGUAUUGCCUGCAACAAGUACAUGGCCAAGUAUGCUGGAAAGGAUGCCUUCCAUUUGAGGGUCCGAGUCCAUCCUUUCCAUGUUCUGCGUAUCAACAAAAUGUUGUCUUGUGCUGGGGCUGACAGGCUCCAGACUGGCAUGAGGGGGGCUUUUGGCAAGCCACAGGGAACUUGUGCCAGGGUUGCUAUUGGCCAGGUUCUUCUGUCUGUUCGCUGCAAGGAUAGUAACAGCCACCACGCUCAGGAGGCACUUCGCCGUGCAAAGUUCAAAUUUCCUGGUCGUCAAAAGAUUAUUGUCAGCAGGAAGUGGGGAUUUACCAAAUUCAGCCGCUCUGAUUAUUUGAAAUAUAAGUCAGGGAACAGGAUUGUCCCCGAUGGUGUUAAUGCUAAGCUUCUUGGAUGCCAUGGACCCUUGGCAAAUCGUGAACCUGGAAGGGCAUUUUUGCCAGCUACAGCUUAAAUGUGAUGGAUCAGAAUCAUAGAUGUUAUAGUCAUCUGUAGCCUUGGAAGGAUUUAUUUUGUUGAUCAGCGUUUUUUGUUUUGUGUUUGAGAACUACCUAUCACCCAAGUCAUUGAAUACUAGUACUACAUCUGUUAAGAGAUUUUUCUGAAUUGUUAAUUUUUCGUUCUUAAUUCUUAUGGUUUUGAGUAACUAUGUGGUAUCUUUUAAAUUUAUGUUUAUGCUUUUAUUUGAGCUCCUGA